AUAAAUAUACCUGUAGAAAAUUAAAGUAUGUGGCAUGUGUAGGAUCUAGCAUCAAACCCAAAGUCUGCUACUCCUAGUGCUGGUGCCUGGUGGUCAUGCUGAGUUGGCAAUCUUGAUGUCCGAGUGCCUAAUGUGUAUAUAAUUCGGCCAAAGAAGAAAUAUUGUCGGAGCCUGUAUUGCUGUAACCUGUUGGCUACCUCACCAGAGAACCGAUGUACUUAUGAGCCGUCGAAGUAUAUUUGUUUAAAAAAAUAAAUAAACAUAUAAACAAUUGUUAUUAACAAUGGGCGGGCAAAAAUUUCAGUAUGACGAGAGUGGUGGAACGUUUUUUUACUUCUUGCUGUCAUUUCUCGCGCUCAUCCUGGUCCCAGGUACUUACUACCUGUGGCCACGUUGUCCUAAGCCAGAUGCUGAGCAAUUGUCAAGAGAAUGUCAUUGUCCUAAGUGUAAAAAGAAAAAAGAAAUACUAUCGUCGGAUGACAGGUGGAAGGCUACCAGAGCACGCUUGCUGAAGGUUUUUAUUAUUUUAUGCUGGAUCGCUCUUGCCUUCUUGGCCUACAAGGUUUCACAGUAUGACGCUGAAAUGGCUAAUUUUGAUCCUUAUGAAAUUCUUGGUGUCUCAUCGGGAGCGUCUGAAAGAGAAAUAAAAAGAGCAUAUCGUAAAUUAUCAUUAAUACUCCAUCCGGACAAAGAAACUGGUGAUGAAAAAGCAUUUAUGAAGCUUACAAAAGCUUACCAAGCUUUAACUGACGAUGAGGCUCGUAAAAAUUGGGAAAAAUAUGGCAACCCAGACGGACCAGGAGCGAUGAGCUUCGGAAUAGCUCUACCGUCAUGGAUUGUCGAGAAGAAAAACUCCGUGUGGGUCCUAGGACUCUACGCGAUGGUUUUCAUGGUCGCGUUGCCCACCGUAGUCGGAAUGUGGUGGUACAAGAGUAUUCGGUACACAGGUGACCAAAUUUUGCUGGAAACGACAAAAAUUUACUACGCUUUCUUCAACUCUCAGAGGUUGACCACUUUGAAGCGGGUUAUUAUGAUCCUCGGAGCUUCUAGUGAAUUUUCUAAAGAUUCCAAUCCGGAAAUAGUCAUACGGCAGUCUGAUAAUGAAGAAGUACCUUCACUAAUGAAAAAAAUUCAAAAUUUAGGAGAAAAAAAUAAAGAAUUUCCAUUAUGCCGUAAUUAUUCUCUUAAAGCACGUGCAAUUAUUUACGCACACUUAUCACGUAUUCCAUUAAAUCCGGAGACAUUAGAAAAAGAUCGUCAAUAUAUUAUUAAAAAAUGUCCUUAUUUAAUUCAAGAAAUGAUAAUGUGUGUAAAUCAAUUAAUAUUCCUUGCAUACAGUGGUCGAAUCGCCUGUCUACCGACAAUAGAGACAAUUGAAAAUUGCAUGAAACUAAGCCCGAUGAUAGUCCAAGGAUUUUGGGAAUUUGCAAACCCGCUGUUGCAAUUGCCGCACAUUGAAGAGGAGCAUUUAAAACAUUUUUCAGGAAAGAAACGUAAAAUUAAGACACUGCAGCAGCUCGCGCAACUGAAGGGUGACGAAAGGAGACAAAUUUUGCGUAAUUUUACUGAUGAGCAGUAUGAAGACGUUAUGAGGGUACUUGGAAACAUGCCGUACGUUGACUUCAAGGUUCAGUCAGAAGUUAUCGAUGACGACAACCCGACAGUUUACACAGCAGAGGCCGUAGUUACAGUAACAGUGACUCUGUACCGCAAGGAUAUGCGUCACUUAUUCGGCGACGAGAGUGUGAAAGAAAAAACAGUCGAAGAUGAUGAAGAAAAAGACAGCAAUAACGAAGAAGCUGAACCGGCUGCUAAAUCAGCUCUGUGGCGCAAGCAGAAGAAAGGAGCGAAGAAAACGGGGAAGAAGAAGCAGCGCGUCACCAAAAAAACUCCAACAACCAAGCCGAGCAAGUCAGAGAAGCCUGAGAAGUCUCCGAACUCCAAGGAGACUUCUGAGAGCGAGAAGAACCAAAAUGAGAAUCAAAAGGUUGAGAAGAGUGACGUUGCCAGAGAGUCCGGCAGCGAGAGUGAUGCUGAAAGCGAGAAGAGCGAGGAAGAGACCGAGUCCAAGGCUGAGGAGAAGAAAGAGUCCUUUGAGGACGAAGAUGAUGAUGAGUGGGAGAAGUUCCAGCAGAGGAUGAACAAGAGGGAAAAAGUCCUCGAGGGCAGGAGUAAUUUGUCUCACGAAGUUCACUGUCCGAUGUUUCCUGAUGUCAAACAGGAGUACUGGUGGGUCUACAUUUGUGACCGGAAGUCACACACGCUUAUUACCACGCCAGUGCAUGUCACGUCGCUGGUUGACAAGGAAGAAGUCCAAUUGAGAUUCACUGCUCCCAGUUGGCCGAGAGUUUACACUUUCUCUGUUUGUUUGAGGAGUGAUUCUUAUUUAGGAUUUUAUCAGACUCAGGAUAUUAAGCUGGACGUAAAAGAAGCACCAGCAGUCCCAACACAGCACCCACAGUGGGACAUUUCUGAUGAAGAGACUGCCGAAGAAGUAGAUAUCGGUGAUGAACAUUCCGAGUACACGACUGACGAGGACGUCAGUGACAAUGAAUAAUUAAAAUACAAUAAAAAAAAAAAAAAAAAAAAAAAUAAAACUAACAAUUAAUGUGUCUAAUAAAUAAUAAAUUAAGCGUCAAUUUUUAUAAACAAAAGAAAAGUCUAAUGUCACAUCUCUCUAUUGGAAAGACGUGUGUAUCUCCACGUCCAUAUUAUUAUUAUUUAUUAUACUUUUUUCAUUUAUUUUGUACUCGAUCUUUUUCUGUAUAAAGUAUAUGUCAGAGAUGGAUAACGAUAAUAAUAAUUAAUUAUUAAUGACUAAAAUAAUUAUAAUUAUUAUAAUAAUUAAUAUUAAAUAUUUAUAGUUUUAAUGUGGACUUGAAUGAAUACGUGGGCAUAUGCUGUGUGCAUAGUUUAAUAAAAUGGAUCUAUAUAUUAUAA